AUGAAAGAAGCUGUGUGCCAAGAGACUGAAGAAUUAACAAAACAACAAAGUGAGUGUGCAAUUUGGCAUGAACUUCGAUAUGGACGCAUAACAGCUUCAAAAUUUUAUGAAGCUGCUCAUUGUAAAACUGAUAAUGGGUCACUAGUACAACAAAUCAUUGGUGCUGGUAAAGUUUAUCAAACAAAGGCUAUGGCACGAGGAAAGAAGCUGAAAAAGAAAGUUAUUGAAGUUCUGGAGAAAGAAUUAAAAGUAGAAAUUGCGCCUUCAGGAAUUUAUCUUUCACCUAGCCAUCCAGUGUUUGCAGCAUCUCCUGAUGGAGUAACUAGUGAUGCUAUAAUUGAAAUAAAAUGUCCCUCAAGUCAAAAAUCAAUGUACACUUUUUUGCCAAAGGGCAAAAUAAGCUUAAAGUGUAAUGCUCAAAUGCAACUGCAAAUGUUAAUGACAGGUAAAAGAAAGGGUAUCUUUUGUGUUGCCGAUGAAAACUUUGAAGACAAUCAAAAAAUUUAUGUUAGCGUAUUGAAAUAUGAUGAUGCAACUACUCAAGAUCUCAUUAAAAAAUAUAUAGUAUUCUGGUCCAAAAAUAUAUACCCAAAGCUGUUCAACUCUGUACAAAGUUAA